CCAAAGUAAUGGAAACAUAAAAGAGUUGCAGAAGAAAUAUGGAAGGUGUGAGUGUUGAUCUGUCAAGACAGCAUUAUUUGCCUUUUGAUUACGGCCAAAAUAAAAUCAACAUGUUCUUGGUGUUCUCUUUCUUUUUCCCCAACCCCCCAUUUAAACCCCAUUAAAUUCCUUGAAUAAACACCUCAACUCUCUCUCUCUCCCACUUUUGUCUGUAUCAACAAAACCAAAAGCCCUAUAAAAAGACCGCCCUUCUCUUUCGUUCCACACUUCGUGUCGUUUAGGCAACAUCACUUGAACGUAUAAGGAAAUAAACCAAGAAAAGACAACCUUGUUUCGCUCUCUAUCCCUCUCUGUGUGUGUAGCAUUGUUAGAUUUAUUAUAAUAAAUAUAUAUGUAUGAGGAUGUUUAUCAGGUAAAAUCCAAACGAACCCAUUAUCAAUUGAUUUAGGCCCAUUUCUUAUCUCUUUGUUUCUUGAAUGUUUUGUUUAGCUCUAGUGAAAAAGACUUGCCUUUUCUGUUCAAUGAUGGACCGUAACCCUUUCUGUGUCGAAUCUUGAGGAUUUCUGUGAACACCCAUUUGCUCACACGAGGGGUUUCUGCAUCAAAGGUUUUACAGAUUCUACCAUGGCGGCAGAAACGUCAUGGGUCAGUCAUUGCUUUGACAACUUGGCAAAUCAAACCCUGGAGUACGAGUCAUUCUCAGAAAUUAAUGAUGAAACUGAGAAGGAGGCUGCCUCUGCGGUUUCUUUGGAUUUAAUUUUGCCCGAUGAUCUAUUGGAACGAAUACUAGCCUAUCUCCCCAUUGCCAGCAUCUUUAGGGCUGGCUGUGUGUGUAAAAGAUGGCAUGAGAUAGUAACAUCAGAAAGGUUUCUCUAUACUUCUCAUGUCGCGUCGCAAAAGCCUUGGUACUUUAUGUUCACGAGCUCAGAUGAACCAGUUGGUUAUGCUUAUGAUCCGAUCCUCCGAAAGUGGUACUGCAUUGACCUCCCCUGCAUUCAGACAUCCAAUUGGUUCAUCGCUUCGUCAUGUGGGUUAGUAUGUUUUAUGGACAAUGAAAGCAGAAGCGAGUUGUAUGUUUGUAACCCGAUAACAAGACAUUGCAAGGGGCUUGAUGAGCCUCCGGGCCCGAAAUUCUCUGAUUAUAGUGCACUGGCAGUCUCUGUCGACAGAGCGUCUCACUAUUACAAUAUCUCUAUUGUUAAAUCUAAGCAAGUUCCUGGAAACUUCUUCCAGUGGGAUCUAUCUAUCCAUUUAUAUGAUUCGGAAGCAAUGACAUGGGUGACAACUCUGACAGAGAUUUUAAUGGGGUGGAGGGCCGGUGACGAAAGUGUGAUCUGCGAUGGGGUAUUGUACUUCCUAAUUUACUCGACAGGAGGUGGUGGCCCCGACAACCGGCAUGGACUCAUCAUGUACAACCUCAGAAGCCGAUCUCCCCAUGGUUUAUUGAUGAGGAGUUUCAUACCGGCCCCAUGUUCUCUUACAUGUGGCCGUCUGAUGAACCUAAAGGAAAAGCUUAUAAUGGUCGGAGGCAUCGGGAAGCAAGAUCGGCCCGACAUCAUUAAGGGGAUCGGAAUAUGGCUUCUGAAAGGGAGAGAGUGGCAAGAAAUAGCCCGAAUGCCACAUAAGUUCUUCCAAGGCUUUGGGGAGUUUGAUGAUGUCUUUGCUAGCAGCGGUACAGACGACCUCAUAUACAUCCAGAGCUACGGAUCGCCCACCCUCCUUAUUUUCGACGUAAAUCAGAAGCAAUGGAAGUGGUCGCAGAAAUGCCCUGUGACAAAGAGGUUUCCCCUUCAGCUCUUUACUGGUUUUUGCUUUGAGCCUAGACUGGAAGUUGGUCCAUAGUUGUGUUUCACAUUGAAUUGCAUCUUUUGUUGGGCAUGAUAGCCAUUGUUUUUGAGGUUUUAUCUCAUAUGAUGAUGGUUUUCGUUUCAACUGUUUCGUUCGGUUAUGGUGAUUAUGAUGUCUUAGCCCUUAGCCAGGCGUUAUAGAUGACAAAAUAGCCGGUGGGCGGGUCGUAUCUCUACUGACAUGUCCUUAUU